AUGAUGGCGACGCUGCCGCCGACUGCCUCCGACGUGACCAUGUCCGACGGAGCCCUAUUCGAGUUCGAGGAGGAGGCGACGCGCCAGCCAUACGCCGUGCAGACAUGGACGAGUUAUAUCCGCGCGCUGUCCGACGCCCCCAGCGCCACGCGCUACGCCGUCUACGAGCGCGGGUUGCGCGCCCUCCCGCGCAGUUACAAGCUCUGGAAACUGUACCUGGACAACGUGUACGAGAGCGACGCGCGCGGGAAGCGCGUGGACUCGCCCGCCUUCACGCAGCUCGUGGCGCUGUACGAGCGCGCGCUUGCGCAGCUGUCCACGAUGCCGAGGCUGUGGCUGGACUACCUCAAUGUGUUGCGGGAGAUGCGCGUGGUGACCGCGCGGCGCCACGUGUUCGACCGCGCGCUGCGGGCGCUGCCCAUUACCCAGCACCACCGCAUCUGGACGCCGUACUUGGCCUUUGUCAAGCAGAUCGGCGUACCUCGCACGGCCGUGCGCGUGUACAGGAGAUACCUGAUGCUAGAGCCGUCGAAACGAGGCGAGUUCGUGGACUAUUUGGUGUCUGUGGAGCACUACGACGAGGCGAGUGUGCAGCUGGUGAAGCUCAUCGAGGCCGCUGAGGACAAGCAGAGCAGCUCGGACCGCACGCCGCACAGUAUGUGGAUGCAGCUGUGCGAUAUGGUGUCGCAACACCCGACCAAGGUGGCCAAGUCGCUGGACGUGGAAGCGAUCCUGCGAAGCGGCAUGACCAGGUUCAGCGACGAGGUGGGACGGCUGUGGUGCUCGCUCGCCACGUACUUUGUGCGUCUCGGCAUGUUCGAGUCCGCACGCGAUGUGUACGAGGAGGGCAUUCGCACAGUGGUCACAGUGCGUGACUUUAGUAUGAUCUUCGACGCGUACGUGAAGUUUAUCGAGGCUAUGCUCACGGCCGAGAUGGAUCUGGCAGCUGGUGGAGACGACGAGGAGGAUGACGAAGAAGAAGAUGAGGUGGAUCACCAAGCGCAGGUUGACCGCCUGCUGAAGGUGUACGAGGAUGUAGCGGAGCGGCGCCCUCUGUUGCUUAACUCGGUGUUGCUCCGACAGAACCCCCACAAUGUGCAGGAGUGGGAAAAGCGCGUGGAGCUUGUGAAGUCCGAUCUGCAAAAGGUCAUCCGUACAUACGCCGAGGCUGUGAAAACAGUGGACCCAGUCAAGUCGGGCGGCCGAUUGCCCACACUCUGGAUUCAUUUCGCGAAGUUUUACGAUGAACAUGGCGACCUGAACAACGUGCGCGCAAUUUUCAAGAAGGCGGUGGAGGUCGAGUACCGCAAUCCACAGGAACUUGCAGCUGUGUAUUGCGAAUGGGCGGAGUUGGAGCUUCGUCACGAGAAUUUCGACGAGGCGCUCGAAAUUGUGCGGGGUGCUUGUUCGAUCCCGGCGUCCCGUACGAUUCGUCUUCGCAAACAGCAGUCGCUGACCGCAAAGGACAAUGUUCACCUCAGUGUCAAACUUUGGACACUGCGCCUUGAUCUGGAGGAAAGUUUGGGCGACCUCGAAUCAACGCGUGCUGCGUAUGACGAGGUGUUUGAGCUGAAGAUGAUCACGCCGCAAAUGGUACUAAACUUUGCCGCGUACCUGGAAGAGAACAAAUACUUCGAAGAAUCCUUCCGCGUUUACGAGCGCGGUUUGGCGCUCUUCCCAAAGUUUCCUCACGCCGGGGAGUUGUGGCAAGUCUAUCUGGCCAAGUUUGUUCAGCGGUAUGCUGGCACCAAGAUGGAGCGCACUCGCGAUCUUUAUGAACAGGCUAUUCGAGCUGCCCCGACGAAGUCUGUUCGUGCAUUCUACGAGAAGUUCGCCGAGUUUGAGGAGCAGCACGGCAUGCUGCGCAAUGUGAUGACUAUUUAUGAGCGCGCGUCCGACGCCGUUCCUGACGAUGACAAGCUAGCAAUUUACGACAAGUACAUCAAGAAGGCGCAGAAGUUUUUUGGCGUGGCAAAGGUGCGAGAUGUGUAUCAGCGUGGCAUCACCAAGCUGCCAGACAAGUGCGUGCCGCACUUGUGUCUCAAGUUCGCACAGAUGGAAACUAAGCUGGGAGAAUUCGACCGUGCUCGAGCCAUCUACGCGCACGCAUCGCAGUUCUGCGAUCCUCGGCAACACGAGAAGUCGUUCUGGAAGGUGUGGCACGAGUUCGAGGUUUCUCACGGCUCCGAGCACACAUUCCUCGAGAUGCUACGCAUCAAGCGCUCCGUGGUAGCCCAGUACUCGCAGGUGAACUAUGUUGCGUCCGAGAUUGCUCCCCAGGCUGAAGAAACAGCGAAGAUCCCCGGCAUGGUUGCAGCAUCAACGCCAGCUCCGACUGCCCCUGGUGAUGCGAUGGCUGCACUGGAGGCGCAACUCGAUGUGCCCCCAGCCAGCGAUGAGGACGCAGCAAAGAAGAGGAAGGGCGAGACGAUGGAGUCUGAAACAGAGCGGAAUGUGCGUCAAAAGCAGAUCGUCGAGGUGGCAAAUGAGGAGGAGAUCGAUCUGGACGAUGAAGAUGAGGACGAUGAAGGGGAACAGGAAACUGCAGGUGGGGAACCUGACAUUGAAGAGCGGGAACUCCCGGCGACCCUAUUUGGCAGCAGUGUCAAGGCGUCGUCGGAAUGA